AUGACGCUGCGCAGCAGCUCCAAAGUCAUCUUUGUCGUGGCCACCGCCUCGCUGGCGGCGGCCUGGGUCGUGUGGAGGCGGCUGUGGCGGCUGCGGGUGGCGCACGCCUUUGAGGCGCGCAUCCGUCGUCGCGCAUCCGCCUUUCGCUCGCCGUGUGUCCUGGACGCCUCGCCAGCCACUGCCAAGAGCUAUCCGUCCGGCUCACUCGAGCUCAUCGAGGACGACCUGCGGGCUGCGCUUGGAGCGAAGACCGCGGAGGCAUUGGUCGAGGCACUCCACGGUCUGUGCGGCCUGCGGUCGGCGUUCGAGCUGCGGCGCGAGCUCAUCAGCUACAAAAAGGCGUGCCUCUGCCUCUUCCAGGACGCGCAGCGGCUCGAGCUCUCCCUCCACCGCCAGGCGAUGUUCUUCUUCCGCGACCACCCGUCUCGCACCGCCUUCCACCUCGCCCCGCACUGGCCCGAGUACUCCUCGGCGGCGACGGCGCUGGAGAGGGCGAGGGCGGUGCGGGUGGCGCUGCACGACGUACGAGACCUCUCAAAGGCGAUCUGCGCCCUGCCGCGCCACCCCGCCACCGCGACACUGCCGCCGCGUCUGCGCGGCCUCUCUCUCGCGGGCCAAGCCACCGUCGACAAGGCGGAGGCCUUUAUCGGCCGCCUAGACGCCCUGGCGGCGGGGCGGGAGAGUGCGCAGGCGGCGGAGGCGGAGGCGGCGGAGAAGGAGAAGGAGAAGGAGGAGGAGGUGGUGGCGGAGGCGGCGGCGGCGGCGGAGGCGGAGGCGGAGGCGGUGGCGGAGGCGGAGGCGGUGGCAGCGGCGGAGGCGGAGGCGGCGCCAAGCUCUGCCCUCGCGCCUCACGGCCUCCUCGACGCCGGCGCAGCCGUGUCGUGGGUCAAGCACACGGCCGCUCGUCGCACUCGCGUCGAGCUCCCUCCGCCGCCCGACGGCAAGGGCGACGGCAAGGGCGAUGGCAAGCGCGACGGGAAGCGCGGCGAGGGGAAGGGAGAGGGGAAGGGCGGGUCGCGCGCGGGCGGCGCGGGGCGGAGCCAGCGGCUGCGGGGCGCGAUGCCUUGCCGCGACUGCGGCUGCGCUGUGGCGGUGCCGUGGGCGAUCCUCCUCCCCGGCGGCCGGCCGCAGCUGCUCUGCUGGCGGUGCGAGGAGGGCGCGCGGCAGGUGGGGCGCUGUCCGCUCGACGACGCGCCGCAGCCGCACGCAGAGGCGCAGCUCAAGCCGCGGCGCAAGCCCCGCGCCGCGCGGCACGCGUUCUGCCCGCACCAACUGCGGUGCGCCGCCUGCGACGCCUCCUUCCGCUCGUGCGCCGACUGCCGACUCUCGCAGGGCGACGGCGACGUGGUGGUGGACUUGUGCGCGCGGCUGCGGCCCGCGGCCGUGUUUCUCGACUUUGAUCGCACGCUCUGCUCGACAAAGUCGGGCGGGUCGCCGUACGCCGGCGGGCCGCACACGCUCGACCCCGAGCUGCUCUCCGCGACGGCGCUCUACCCGACCCACGUCGUCACGAGAAACUCGCACGAGGGCGAGAUCCGCGCCUUCCUCGCGGAGCGGGGCGUGCGGCUCGCCGGCCUCUGCGUCACGUCGAAGGGCCGCUCCAAGGCCGAGUACGUCGCCUCCACUCUCGCCGCCCUCGGAGGGGCGCCGGAGGCCGACGCGCCGUGCGCCGUCUUCGUCGACGACUCCGUGGCCGAGGUGGGGGACCCGAAGCUGGUCUCCGACGCGCGCGUGUGGCGCGUCCUCUUCCAGCGAGCCGUCGGCUGA